AUGCCUGAUUUAAAUAAUUCGAGUCAAAAAAAUCUCACUAAGCCUUCUGCAUCGAAACCUAUGACGACACUCAAAGCUCCAAAAAACAACCCCGUGCAACCCCCUGAACCAAAUAAGCCAGGCCGACCAAACCUAGCAGCGCUAAGAUUAAGAGAAAAAGCCCAUUCAGUAGGCUCUAUUCCAGAACUCUUUGCCAAGAAAACCAAUAAACGGUUCAGAAGCCGAGUUGAGAGCGAAGAGCAACCCAUAUCUCCGGAAGAAUUUACUACCAACAAAAUUCUGAAACGUUUCGAAGUCUACAAGAUGGAUGAUGCAACACCUCCAAAGUCAACAGAAAACGAGACGAUAGUACCUGAUUUUGCAAAUCUCACGCCCCAAGCUUCGUUUCAAUGGCUGGCCAGCCAGCUUGUGGCCCUAAAACUGGAAAAUGCCAAGCAAACUCAAACUAUGAACUCGACUAUAGCCAGCUCAAUGGAGACCCUGAGUAAGCGAUUAGACUGUACAGAGGCGAAAAUUGACGCUUCCACCAAAGAAUUGGACUCACUGAAGCUAGAGCAAAAAACUAUCAUCAACAAAAUCCAAAUCUUGGAAGCAAGUAAGUCCGUUCCAAUUUCCGAAUCUGAUAAUACACUGCUUAACUCCAUUAUUUCUAGAUUGGAGAGCCUGGAAGCCAAAAUCAAAAAUCCGGCUGAACAAUCCUUGGAUUCCACAGUAAAAAAUCAAGUGGAUAAAAUUUCUGGGUUGCUAGAAGAGCAAUCUAAACUUCUCAAGCAAAAUAACGUAAUCAUCAAAGGUCUUCAAACCAACCCAUCAUCAACGUAUAAUGAUGUUAAACUCUUCCUAGAGCAGAAAUUUAAUAUUCCGAGAGCAAGCAUCACAGUAUACACGAUUGGUAAGCAGCGAAACGUCUUUAAAGUUUGUCUUGCUAAUUGGGAGCUGAAAACAGGAAUAAUGAAGAACAAGAAAGCCGCUCUAAAAGGUACCGAAAUAUAUAUUGAGAAUGAUCUAACCCCAGAAGAGCGUGCGAUUGCAUUUAAACUCAGAGAAUGUGCAAAAGUGGAGAUAGGAAAGGGAAAAUCAGUCAAAAUCAAAUCCAAUCAACUUUUCUUUGACAAUGUACGGAUCUACUGGGACAAAAACAAAGCAAAACUUGUCGAGAAAACAUCAGAACCAACCAAAGUAAUUUUCUGGAAUUGCCAUGGGUACGAAAAUAUCUCAAAUUUAGAAUCAACAAAUCUAUUGUUCUUAGGAAUCACAGAAACCUGGCUAUCUCAUGUACCCACCAACCCAAUCGGAUUGAAUACGUUUAAUCACUAUUGGUCUCCAGCUGUAAAAUCCCUCCGCGGUAGAGCAAGUGGUGGAAUUCUUGUCAUGGUUUCCAACAGUGUUGAAUCAGCUAUUAUUGAUGUUUCUUGUUGGUGGAUUUUUAUUAGAAUCAAAUUACCUGAACUCAACCUAAUCAUUGGCACGUUUUAUUUGCAACCUAACUUCAACUUCAAACCGGUCCUUGAACAACUACACGUGGCCUUAAACACGUCGCUAGCUCCGUUCAAAAAUGGCCCUCUAAUACUCGGGGGGGAUUUUAAUGCCAGGAUGGGUGGCCUAGACAUCAACACACCUCCAGAAUUAUUACUUGGCACCAACCUCUCUCCUGGAAGAUCCUCUCUGGACUGCAGUCACACGGCCAAAGGAAAAAUGCUCCUUGAUUUCAUGCAGGAAAAUGGGUUCCUACUACUAAACGGAAGAACACCAGGUGAUCUUUGCGGAAAUUUAACUUUUUGUGGAUCAAUGGGUACCAGUAUUAUAGACUUGAUAUGGUCAAACUUCGAGGCGGCGCGCUUGGUGAAUAAUCUUCAGAUAAAAGAUCAAUCGUAUGACUCCGAUCACUAUCCACUCUUAUUAAGUUUAAAAUUAAAAAAUGACACCAUUGCACAACACAUUCAAACAAGGACUAAGCUGAAAUGGGAUCCAAACAAUAGCGAGGUCUUCAAAUCGGAGCUAACCAACUCACACCGUAUUUGCAUUGAUUUCGACAAAUCAGAUCUAAAUUCUCUCGCCAAAAAUCUCGAAGAAGCCAUCAGUGACGCAGCAAACACAACCAAAAUGACCAAGAACCCAAUCAACCCAACUCGAUGCUUCCCACGAAAGCCCUGGAUAGAUGGUGAAGUCCGUCGCUUGAGAGCUGACGUCGCUCGCUGUCAAAAAAUGUGUAAAACUCAAGGCUUCAACACGAACAAUAGUGCCGAAUUAGCAAGCUGCAAGAAAUCGCUGUCCAAAGCUAAGAAGCAAAAGCGCAAAGAGUACUACCAGGAUGUUCAAAACUCACUCGCAAAAGUCAAAUGCACAUCGGAAUUCUGGAAAACAGUGCAACGCUUCAGAAAUUCACAAACUUUGAAGCCUCCAAUCGCCAUAGUCGAGUGGGAGGAGUUCUACGCUAAAGUCUACAACCCCCGAAUCUGGGACUUCACGGUUUUUUAUGAUGCCAGACACCCAUAUAUGGACGCCGAUAUAACGUCUGGGGAGGUUUACUUAGCACUAAAAAGAUGCAAGAAAAAUAAAGCCCCAGGACCGGAUGGAAUAACCAACGAAUUCCUCCAAAACCUUCCACACAACUGGCUCAUGUACCUAGAAGCUUUACUAAAUAAAUGCUGGAACAAGGAAGAUAUCCCAGACUACUGGAUCACUGCAUCCUUAUCCAUGCUCUAUAAAAAAGGAGAGAAGAAUGACACCUCAAACUAUAGAGGGAUUGCCCUUAUAAAUAACACUUUCAAAAUCCUCACAAGCAUCAUUCAGCGCCGCUUCGACAGGUGGCUUGAAAAUUGUCAAAUUCUACCAGAAGAACAAACAGGAUUCAGAAAGAACAGAGGCUGUUUAGACCACAUUUUUACACUCAACGCUGCAAUCCAAUUGAAAUUAAGACUUGAUGGCAACGUUCUCUACUGUAUAUUUAUCGACUUCAGAAGAGCUUUUGACUCUGUACCUCAUCAUCUCCUUUGGAAAAAGCUAUUUCAUCUAGGGGUUAGUGGCAAAUUACUCAGGUUCCUGAGAAAUGUGUAUAACAAGGCAGCUGUCAAAAUUAAAGUUGAAGAUAACUUCACCAGGGACUUUGAGGUUACAGAGGGUGUACUCCAAGGAGAGAAGCUGAGUCCAUCUCUUUUUACAGCCUACAUUUCAGAUCUAACCGAUUACUUAGAAGAGAAAGGUUUCGAAGGAAUCAAUAUUGAAAAUAAGUGCCUUAGGGCUCUUUUAUAUGCUGAUGACACUGUCGUUUUUGCCCGCACGUUGAUUGAAGCCCAAAAAAUACUAAAAGCCUUAGAAGACUAUUUUGACUUGAAUUGCCUAUCCGUCAACACCUCCAAAACCAAAGUUAUGGUCUGCAGACGCUCAGGCAGAACUCACAACAAGGAAAAAAGCGCCUUUAUUUACAAAAACCAGCAGCUGGAGGUGGUAACAAGUUAUAACUAUCUCGGCUCCAUCAUCAGCGGGAACACCAAUAGCCGGCUAGCAGCAGAAGGUGCAAUAAAUAAAGCACACAUAGCUAUAGGCACAGUAGGCUCACUUCUGGCAAAAUCCAAAUCAGACGCAUGGCAAACUAAAAUCAAACUAUUCGACAGCAUCAUCUCACCUUCACUCCUAUAUGCAGCUCAAGUGUGGGGUCUCGACCGUCUAGAUAUCAUUGAAAAAACACAAGACCGCUUCUUAAAACAGAUCUUUCUACUUCCUCAGAACACCCCUGGAUAUCUAUUAAGGCUUGAAUUCGGACUUACCAGCUUAUCAGUAAGACUUAUGGAAUACGUGUGGAAUUGGAUCAUCUGCAUUCUGAAGAUGGCCCCCGACCGAUGGCCUCGCUUAUGCCUGCUUCGACUUAUUAAGCUCUCGACAAGCCCGAACAAGGAUCCCAAAUACAACUGGGUGGCAAAAUUAGAAUUAAUCCUAAAGCUAUGUAACCUUGAGUGCAUGCUUGGUAAUCUUCAGCCAAACUUCUGGAUGGAAAAGAAGAAACUCUUCCUGAAACUUUAUGCUGAACAUCUCAAAAAUAACGACCUUAUCAGGUACUUGUGUUCAACAAGUCCCCAGUCUCAGCUCAUCAGAACCCGAUAUGAUGAUGUUCCAUGGUACGUUCAAACCAGAUGCCCAAUAUGGCAAAAACAUGUUGUUGCACAAUUAAGACUCGCAAAUAUCCACCGUUGUAAAAUUACAUGCAAUGACACCUGCUACUUCCUGAAACCUGAUCAAAUAUGUGAAGCUUGUGGUCUUAGCCUUGAGUCAGUGGAGCACAUCCUUCUCCAUUGCUCAGCAUACAGCGAACUCAGACAUAAAUAUCUACGUAUCUCCGAAUCAUCUCAAAUGACGCCGAGUGCGAUGCAGAUCAUUAAAAUCUUGGAAAUUCAAUCCAAACUUGAACUGGAUAAUAUUACAAAUUUCAUCUCAAGUGCAUUAAAGAAAAGAACACUCCUCUCAUCAUCGAGCCCAGAAUGA